AUGGAUGCUGCCAAACCUAUUUCCUCUCCUAUGGUGGUUCAUCCCAAGCUCACUCGACAUGAUGGUUCUCCUCUUGCUGAUCCUACUGAGUAUCGGAGUAUUGUUGGCACUCUUCAGUAUGUGGCGAUCACCCAUCCGGACAUCUCGUUUGUAGUAAGCAAAGUUUCUCAGUUUCUGCAGGCUCCUACUGAUGAUCACUGGGCAGCUAUGAAACGCAUCUUGCGUUACCUUAAACAUACCAUUAUGCAUGGUCUGAACCUCUCAUGGACAUCCUCUACCUCUCUUACUCUUCAUGCUUUUUUCGAUGCUGACUGGGCAGGGUAUCCAGAUGAUCGCAGAUCCAUCGAAGGCUUUGCUAUCUAUUUAGGCCCUAAUUUAAUUCUUGGAGCUCCCACAAACAAGCAGCAGUUGCAUGUUCCAACACUGAGUCUGAAUUUUGUGCUUGUGCCACAUCCGCCAUUGACAUUCUCACCAAGCCUCUCACCGGUGAUCACUUCCGCUUCUUGA